CCCGGAAGUUUACCCCCGGCCUGACGGACAGUAAAAGCGAUGGCGGGGGACACUUCGACGGAGCUUCUUUUUCUAGAUACAUUUAAGCAUCAAAAUGCGGAGUUAACCAACGUGGAUGUGGUGAGGUUUCCCUGCGGGGUGCUGAUCACAGAGGUGAGGGUCAUUCCUCCAGGGAUCAAAGCUCACAGCAACCUACCUGACAACAGAGCUUUUGGGGAGACGUCUCCUCAUGCCUUCCAGUUGGAGCUGUUCUUCAACAAUGUCACCAAACCCAAUAACCCAACGUUCCACCGACUGGGCAGCCUGGAGUAUGAUGAGAACAAGUCCAUCGUGUUCAGACCCAGUGGAAAGGUGAACACAGACGGCCUGGUGUUGCGUGGCUGGUACACCAGUCUGACAGUAGCAGUGUACGGGACAGCAGAGCGCUCACAUGGACACGACCAAGGCUCACCCCCUCCUCCUCCACCCCCACCUCCUCAACAGCCAGGUGGGCCAAAGAGGCUCAUUAAACAAGAGUGGGAAAAAGAGGACCAGUACAAUGGAAGCCCACCUAGACCAGCACCCAGAGGGCCUCGAACUCCUCCUGGCCCUCCACCUCCAGAUGAUGAUGAUGAAGAGCAGGUCCAAGUGACAGUGGGUGUGAACAAAGAAGAGCCAUGCCAGGGCAGAGAUGACUACCUGGAGGCUGUCUCACCUGAGAGAUCGCUGCCUGCCAAUGAAGAAUAUUCAGAUGCUGAACAAGAGGAAGAAGCUGAGGAGGAAGAUGAGCCAGAGGAGGAGGAAGACGCACGGACCGAGGGGAGCGUCCCUGAAGACGAGGAGGAAGAAGAGGAAGAUGAGGGUGAGGACGAGGAAGAGGAGAUGGAGGAAGGUGAUGACGGCUAUGAGCAGAUCUCAAGCGAUGAGGAUGAUCUUGACAAUGGUAGCUUUAAGCUUCCCAGCUUUGACAUGGACUACACUCCUGAAGACCUGGCAUCUGUUCCACCUGUCCAGUAUGACCCAUAUGAGCGAGAACUCAGACCCCUGCUCUACUUCACGCCCCCAUACAAAACCCGCUUUGAUACCCAGUUUGAAAAGGCCACUGUAGAGGAACCCAGGGACGCAGGUGGAACAGAAGAACAAACAGAUGGAGAGCCGACUGAUGCUGUCUCUCAGCUGAAAGAGCUCCUAGCUGGCAUUGGAGAGGACAGAGAUCCUCGCUGGGUAACUGCUGUGGAAGAGGCUCCUGGACUUUUGGCCAAAGGCUUGGCUCACUUAAUUAAACAAGGGGAGCAAGAAAUGGAGGGUCCUGUUGGGGUUUUAGCCCAAUGGGCAAUCCAGUCUCUCAAUAUGGAGAUUGCGCUCACCCAACCAAUUGCAAUUAAUCUCAGACAGUUGAAAGCUGGGGCCAAGCUGGCAUCAUGUCUAGCAGAAUGUCCACAGGGCCUGACAGCCCUGCUGCGUGAAGGAGUCCUGGAUGUGCUGCUGGAGCUGCUCCAUGCAGACCAUGUGUCCUCCACACUGAAGCUCAGUUUCCUGAGAGCUCUGGGUGCUCUGAUCAGCACUCCUGCUGGUGUAGAGGCUUUUCUGCAUGCAGGAGAGUCGGAGAAGAGUGGCUAUCAGCGCUUAGUCCAGCUGUUCCUGCGAGAAGAAACAGUCAGGGUCAUCACUGCAGGCAACACCAUACUACAGAAAAGUCACAUGUAUGAGGUCCUCUUGGAUCUGCAGAGAGCAGCAGCAGCAUGGAGUGAACCACAGCAGGAGGAGAUGGAGGAAGCUGACAGCCCCAUGGAGGAGGAGCCGUCACUAAGCCCCUCCCCUGUGAGUGAGGCAGAGCUCGACAGACUGGCGGGGGUUUUGGAAGAGUUGCAUCACCUGCUAGAGACGGCCCCUAACUGCAUGGUGCAGCCGCCCGGGAAAGCCUUUCCCACUUCUUCUAGGAUAACAGGACCGCAGGAGAGGGACGACCCAUACCCAACACUGUACAGGUACAUGCAUGCAUGCCGUUUUCUGGAGAGCACAUCGGUGGUUUUGUCAGCAGCCGCAGCAGCUGGUCACCUUGGUGUCACCCAGUCAGUGAGAGACAUCCUCCGCUUUCUGUCGCUCACCCAGCCAGGCCUACUGUUCCUCCUCGCCCAGCCUACUCCUUCAAAUCUGCUCCUGCGCCUCCUGGCAUCAAUGGCAGAAACAGAGAUUGAGGAAACAACCUUUACAGGGGGAGAGGGAAGUCUCACGGGACCAGGGUUUGGUGAAGAGGGCUUUGGCGUGUGGCUGAUGCAGGCACUGCACGCCCUUCAGGGUGUCUCCGAGCUUAUGAGCCACGUAGCCUCAGGAGGAGACGGAGGAGUCGGGCUAGAGGAGGGUGACAACGCAGAGGUUCUGAGCAUGCUCCAUGGGCUCUACCUGAUGACUUUCACACAGACCGGUCGCAGUGCUGUGGCCCAUGUUCUCAGCAUGGACAACCACCUGUCCUGUCUGGUCACCCUGCUGCAGCAUCACAGCAGCAAGGACGGACAAGGUGAGACCAAAGCUCGCAAAACAGUGACCUAUAACUACGCCUGUAUGCUGGUUUUAGUGGUGGUGCAGAGUUCCAAUGAACUGCGGAUGAUGGAACAAUAUGCCGCCCCACUACUCACCAUAGCAAAGGCUGAUGACACAAAUGCUAAGCUACAGGAGCUUAGCAAAUGGCUGGAGCCUCUGGACAAACUGCGCUUUGAGAUUGGUAGCAUUCCCACCCUCAUAGACUACAUCAAACAGAAUGUGGAAAAUGUGUUGACUGCUGAUGGGACUGGACUGGUUACUGCUCUCAGGGUCCUUAAUCACAUUGCCUGCCCCCCAACUACUGCUGAGGCUCAGCAGAGGGAUCUCAAGUGGAGUCUUGCAGGGGUCCAGCUCUUCUCCGGUGAGGGUCUUGAUACGUGUGUGCGUGUCCUACAGAAGCUGUGCAGCGUGCUGCUGCAGCCUUGGCGUGUGCACGGACACAUGGGCCCCACGCCGCAGCGUUGCAUGAUCCUCAGCAUAUGCAUCAGCACGCUGCGGUUGCUGCGCACCAUGCUGAUGGAGUUACUACGCGGAGGAGCUUUCCAAUUCAGGGACACACGUGUUGCCAAUGUGUUAGUGACACUCCACAUGAUAGUAUGCUCCAUCCCUGCGUCUGGACGUCUAGACGGAGAGGAGACCAGAGUGCAGGCCCUAAUCGUUGAUGUAUUGCUUACGUUUUCGCAGGGCGUCAAUGAAGAGGUGACUCAUACAGAAGAGACUCUGGCCAGCAACACCUGGUCUCUGAUGCUCAAGGAGGUUUUGGGAUCACUGCUGAAAGCUCCUGAAGGUCUGUUCUCUGGUCUGACGUUGCUUUCAGAGCUCCUUCCUCUUCCGCUGCCAAUGCAGAGCACUCAGGGGAUUUCAGUCCAAGAUGUGGCUGUAGCCUUAAACACAAGGAAGUUGUGGAGCAUGCAUAUACGAGCACAGUGGAAAGUGUUUUCCGAGGCUUUUAGGUGUGCGUGUGCCACCAGCUGCCCUCCUCUCCUGGCCAUGCUGAGGAGAAUGUGUGUGCAGCUGGCUGAUCUGUCUUCACCCAGCGCGACUCUCAUCAUGAAGACUCUGCUGGAACUGCUGCUGGAGGAGCUGCAGCCGGUGGAGGGGAAAAGUGUUUGCUGGGGCCAGAGCCUGCGUCUGCUGUCUUUGUUGGAUGCUCUGGUGUCGCAGAAAGCCUGUAAAAGCGCAGCACUGCACCUGCUGUCCGGCUCUGUGUCCGGAGAUGAACAACUAGCUGACCUGUUCCCGCUGCUGCUGUCUUUGGCAGUCCCUCCAACUGAUAACUCCUUACAACAGCAGCAAUGCAGUGAACUAGUGGGGACAAUAUUACAAUCACUGUGUGACCAGGACAUUUCUCUGGUGGCUUCUCCGAACGUUGAGAGCUGUGUGUCAGAGGUCGAGCAGCUUGCUAAUGCACUCCCAGGGAGAGAAAUGAUGUCGUCAGUGUGCAGCACCCUGAUGGACAUUUUGGGGAAUUCUGACAGCAGUGUCCCGCUCCUAAUCACCUGUAUCAGGACUUUGACAUUCCUCACUGAGCACGACUACGGACUCUACCACCUCAAAGUUGCUUUGAAGAAAAAUGGUGCCGGUCUUAGCUCAUUGUUGAAGAGAUUGGUGUUUAACUUCAAUAAGGAUUCAGCAGAUCUGCUCUCAGCUCUGCUGGACUUCCUCAGGCAGAUCGUCAACACAGACACAAUGUGUGUUGAGGAGGGACAGGGGUCCAGUGAGGAGCACGCUUUCACUCCUCCGCGGCUGCUGUCCGGCACUGAGAUGAAAGCUCUGCUGCAGUGGGACGAGUCUGAGUCCCAUCCCCUCCCCACUUUAGAGAAACAGAUCACGAAAUUAUGUAAGGAAGAUGAGUCACUAGAGACGUUGUUGGAGAAUGUCAUUUUUCUGAGGCAGACGCUGGAGACGGCCACAGACACGCCUCCUGCAAUUGACACUGAACCCACUCUGCCAGCGCCUGAAACACUCGGCGCCCAGUUUAAUCACAGGACUGUGUUCAUUCUAUCGGAAGCUUUGGAUGAGCAGCUGAAGACUCUUUGGUUCUCUCCUUUCCAAACUGACGACAUAGAACCAGACCUUGACAUGGUGAAGGUGGAUCUGGUGGGUCUGGCUCAGGAGUGCUGCCCAGAACUGGACCUGAAGGCAGAGCUGGAGCGCUCCUUCCUGUCUGAGCCCUCGUCUCCUGGUCACAAUAAAACUACAAAAGGUUUCCGGCUGGGCAAACACAAGCACGAGACGUUUAUCACAUCAAGUGGUAAAUCCGACUACACUGAGCCGGCCAAGAGAGCCCACAUCAUGGCUGCUCCUCGCGGCCGCGGAGGUCGAGGAGGGUUUGGACAGAAUCUUUGCCGACCUCACGAUAUCUUCCGCCAGCGUAAACAAAACACGUCACGUCCUCCCAGCAUGCAUGUGGAUGACUUUGUGGCAGCCGAAUUUAAAGACAUUACAACCCCUCUUGGACUUAUGCUACCCAAACGUCUCCCUAAGAGCUCCCCAAAACCCCCCACCAGAGGUCUGUUCACUGGAAACAGAGGCAGAGGCACCUUCCACAGUCAGACGCGCUUUUUCACUCCACCACAACCUAAAGGUGUAAUGCUGUCUGGCAACUAUGCUCGCAGAGAGGGAGGCCGUGGUGGUUCUUCGUGGAGUGGACAAGUUCCAGCAGUGACCCACAGAGGAACCUACAGUGAACCCCGCGGAGGCCAAAGCAACUUCACACGAGGACCAAUGCCCUCACGACAACCACCAGCAAGUGCAUAUCGUCUGGCUCCACGUGACCGGGCCCCGAGGGGCAGAGGUGGGGCUGGACUGUCAUGGCUUAACGCCGGAGGAGGUGGUGGAGGUGGUGGAGGUGCUGGAGGAGGCGGUGGGGGAGGUGGAGGAGGAGGAGGGAGAGGAUCUCAGGGGAGUAAGUUCAGUGGCGGGGGAGGGAGCGGAGGUGGGAGAGGCAGACAUGUUCGCUCCUUCACCAGGUAAACUCACCUGGGCAAUGACUGCAGCCUUUCAUGGCAACAUACGGACCAAUCAGGAUAAUACGUACUGUCUCCAUGGAAAAGUGGUGGGAUGAUGUUGUCAUGAUGAUGUAAAGACUCUGUGUUGAUGUUUUAUGUUUUGUUUUCAUGAGUUGUAUUCAGAUAAUAAAGGUCAUAGAAGCCUA